UAUAAAGCUACAGAAAUGAUUAUCGAUCGCCCUGGUAAAGUUAAAUUAAUUUUCGAACCCAGCGAUGGUCUCGAUCAACGUAGUGAAUUAGUUUAUGAAUUCUCGUCUCCUGGAGUUUCUAUGGCUAUGUAUAACACUGAUGAGUCCAUCACAGGUUUUGCUCAUAGUAGUUUUCAAAUGGCCUUAAAAGUGGAAAUGCCUUUGUACUUAAGUACUAAAAACACUAUUUUGAAAAAGUACGAUGGACGAUUCAAAGAUAUUUUUCAAGAAAUAUAUGAAAGAGAUUACAAAGGCAAAUUUGAAGCAAAAAAUUUAUCGUAUGAGCAUAGACUCAUAGAUGAUAUGGUCGCUCAAGCUAUUAAAUCAAGUGGUGGAUUUGUAUGGGCAACCAAAAAUUAUGAUGGUGAUGUACAGUCCGAUAUUUUGGCACAAGGAUUUGGGUCAUUAGGUUUAAUGACCAGUGUGUUAUUUACACCUGAUGGAAAGACUAUGGAAGCAGAGGCAGCUCAUGGCACAGUAACAAGACAUUAUCGCCAACAUCAACAAGGAAAAGAAACGUCUACAAAUCCAAUUGCAUCGAUAUUCGCUUGGACACGUGGUCUGGAGCAGAGAGCAAAAUUGGAUGAUAAUCAAGAACUAUUUAAAUUUUCAAAAGAUCUAGAAAGAGCGUGCAUUGAAACCGUAGAUGUUAGUGGUAAAAUGACAAAAGAUCUUGCAUUGGCACAACAUGGAAGCAAUUAUAAGACAAUAAGAUUAUUCAGAGACCCAAAAAUAUCUCACUAUCAUUCUUUUUGUUUUCGGCUUUGGCAAAAGCCUCGUGCUAGCACUGCAUUUCAAGCAUUAGACUUCAUUUCUUUGAAAGAAAUGUCUGGUUUUUCGUCAGCCGUUUUAAAACCUUCUCACUUUACAUCACGUGUAAAGAAUGUCUCAUCUAACAUGAGUCAUUGUUUUUCUUCACGUACAAUAUAUCCCUUCCUUAAUUCUCCGAGUGUCUUAAAACAGACGAAUAGAACGAGUUUAUUGCAACAUAAUAAAUUUUUUACUGCCUCAUUGACUCUUCAACAGGGUGCAGGCAAUUCUAGCACGGGGUCUACUGCCGAGAAGUGUAAGAACAUGGCAGAAAACAGUAGAGUUUAUCAACGACCAUCAAGUGUCAAUAUUCCAAAAAUACGUCCCAACAUGACAGUAGCUCGAUAUUUACCCACGGCAACUGCUCGAGUUAACGAGAUUGUUACAUCACCUGCUUUGACCAGUGAUGAACAACCUUUAUCCGAAGAUGAGGGACAAAGAAUUAAUGAAAUUAAGAACGCAAAACUCAUAUUUAAUCAGGCUUGGAAAAACAUUGAGGACGAGUAUGGUCGAGAAAAUCUUUGUUUUCCAAGAGAGAUUAUUUGGUUAAUGGGGGCUCCUGGUAGUGGAAAAGGGACGCAUACAGAUUUGAUUUUAAAGGCACGUGGUAUUACUAAUCCUGCCAUCUGCAUGUCGUCUCUUUUAAGUACGCCAGAUUGUCAGGAACUAAUAAAUAAAGGCAAAAUGAUUAGCGAUGGGAAAGUUCUAGAGAAUUUGUUUCGCGCACUUAUUAACUGUGAUCCGACAGUGGGUUGUCUUGUGGAUGGGUUUCCCCGUACAGACAUUCAGGUCGAAUGUUUGAAACUUCUUUAUGACAAAAUGCAUGAAUUGCGUCGAGAAUUCUGGGGAACUCCAUUGCAAGAUAAAUUCCCUCGUCCCACAUUUCGUAUCUGUGUGUUAUACGUCGACGAAGAAGUUUCUGUUGCUCGCCAAUUGCAGCGAGGACGACAAAUCAGAGAACAUAAUGCCCAAGUUCGGCAAACGGGACAAGGACAGCUUUUAGAGGAACGAGUUACGGAUUACGAUGAAUUGUUGAUCAGAGCGCGUUAUCAAAUAUUUAAAGAACAUUUUGGAGCUUUGAUGAAGCUUGGAAAACUUUUCCCUUUUCACCUCAUCAAUGCCGUUGGAUCUAUUGAAGAGGUUAUGCGAUUAAUACUAAAAGAAUUUGAGUACCAAAGUUCUCUCGAACUUGAUCAUAAGACCUAUGAUUCAAUCGCACAUAUCCCACUCGCAACAAAAAUCGGUAUUCAUGCUCGACAAGAUUUAAUUAGUCGACUUGAGCAUUACCAAGAUACCGAGCCACAACUUUUUAUUAAAGCAAUCGAGUUCGUAGACAAUAAUGUUAUCCCAAUGGUUCAACGUCAUGCUAUCAGCGGACAAGCUCUUAUUCGAACGACUUCUCACCAACUUGAAAAUCAACAUCUUGUUGACAUGAUAAUGGACGUUCUUUCGGAGCGAGGAUAUCAUGUAAUGUUUGAUUACCGAGUUCGAGAAACUCCUGUUAAGAUUAAUCCCGACACUUGGGAAAUUAUUCUUGAAAA